CACAGGUGUUUUGUGCCCGGAACUUAAGUUUUAAUCUUAUUUGUUUCAUUUCAGAAUUGUGCUGAUUUGUUAGCAUUUAGGAAAAAAUGUAUUCACUCGUUGAUUUGCAAAAGUGAAGAAACAAUGCUACUGAUACUCAAUAAAUAUUAAUUUCGCACAUCAUUGACAGGAUAAAUGUUCGAUUACAAGGAUAGAAUUACACUUUCGUUUGUUCAUUAUUUUCUGUUGUGUUGGUAAUACAACAUUUGUUUCAGUUUCCCCACAUGGCUGAACAUCAUCUUCUGAUUGGUUCAUUUCAAGACCAGCGGAGAUUUUAACGAUUCUUUAGCAGUCAUGUUUGCAGUUAUUCCAAGUUUGCCUGGAGACGUGAAACAAACUUGACUUUUAUUGCCUUCGUGUGGAUAACUCAUGCUGUGAAGUUUGGAGAAGAUAUCUGGAGUGUACAUUGUAUGCUCCACGAUUUUGCUGAGAGCGUCUAGUCAAGUUUUCGUCGAAUAACCGUUACUCGUAGUGAAAAUGGCCACAUUUCGUAUUCUUGAAGAUCAAGAAAAUACCAAUGCACAUCUACGCCGACAGCAAAAAGAAGCCCAAGUCAAUGUACAACAACAGAAGAGAAGUGUUUUAGGAAUUUUAAACAAUAAUGUUUCUCGACCGGCUGGCCUGAAGCAGACGAAAUCG